GUAUGACCUUCUCCAGUUCAGCAAGAGUUCCCAGCUGAGUCACCAGAGACCCCUAAGGGUUGAACCAUCUGCAACCCAGGAAGAAGCCUCAGGUCAUCCUCCAAAGUCCACCAAAGAGGUCAGUCCUCCACCGCAGCGGGAGAUACCAGCUCAGCCAUCAGAGCCACCUGAGAAGGUCGAACCAUCUCCAGUCCUACAGCAGACCCCAAUUCAGCUUUUAGAGCCACCUAAAGAGGUAGAAUCCUCUCCAGUCCAGCAGGCAGGCCCUGCUCAGUCCUCAGAGGCACCUGUGGUGGUAGAACCCUCUCAGACCCAGCAGAUGACCCCAUCUUCACCUCCAGAGCUCCCUCAGGAGGUGGAACCAUCUCUUAACUCAGCAGGGGGUUCCAGCUCAGACUACAGAGCCCCCUAUGGAGGCAGAACCUUCUCCAACCCAGCAGGAGGCCACAGUGCAGACUCCAGAGCCCCCUAUGGAGGUAGAACCUUCAAGCCAGCAGCUGGUCCCAGCUCAGCAUCCAGAGCCACCUAAGGAGGUUGCAGCUCAACCUCCAACGCAUGAGAUGACAGUUGCAAUAGCAGGCCAGGACCAAGCCCAGUAUCCAGUAUCACCCAGUGUCACAUUUCAACCUUUAGAGCUGGGGCUUACCAUCACUCCGGAAUCCACUAUGGAGGCUGAGCAUUCUACAACCCUGAGGAAGACUACCGCUCCUCCAAAACACUCUGAGGUGAUGCUUCCACCCCCAGACCAGGUUCAGGCCCAGCACACAAACCUAACAGGUCAUAGUUCAACCUUUGCACCUGGAACUUACCACAACUCCACAACCAUGUUUCUUUUUCUCCAACCAUGGAGAACUCAACUCAGCUUCCAGAGCCACCUACAGAGGCUGCAGCUCAACCUCAAGCUCAUUAUGAGGUAACACCAGGUCAGGAUCAAGCUCAGCAUUCAACACUGCCCAGUGUCACAGUUUAGCCUUUGGGCCUGGGGCUUACCAUCACUCCAGAAUCCACAACAGAGGUUGAACUUUCUCCAACCACGCAGGAGACCCCAACUCAGCCUCCUAGGGUUGUACCCCAACCUCCAGUAUAUUAAGAGGUAACAGUUCCAACGCCAGGUCAGGAUCAAGCUCAGCAUCCAAUGUCAACCAGCGUUACAGCUCAACUUUUGGACCUGGGACUUACUAACACUCCAGAACCCACUAUGGAGGUUGAACAUUCUACACCCUUGAAGAAGACUCUAGUUCCUCCAAAGCACCCUAAGGUGACACUUCCACAUCCAGACCAGGUUCAGACUCACCAUUCAAACCUGACUCAAGCCACAGUUCAACCUUUGGAUCUGAAACUUACCUUAGCUCCAGAAUCCACUAUGGAGGUUUAACCUUCUCCAACCAUGCAGAAGACCCUAACUUGGUCUCCAGAGCUACGUAAGGAGGUUGUAGCUCAACCUCCUGUAUAUUAUGAGAUGUCCGUGCCAACACCAGGCCAGGAUCAAGCUCAGCAUCCAACAUCACCCAGCGUCACAGUUCAACCUUUGAAUCUGGGGCUUACCAUCACUCCAGAAUCUAUUACAGAGGUUGAAACUUCUACAGCCCUGAUGACUACAGCUCCUCCUCCAGAGCAUGUUGAGGUGACACUUCCACCUCCAGACAAGGGUCAGGCUCAGCGUUCAAACCUGACUCAAGUCACAGUUCAACCUCUGGACAUGGAGCUUACCAUAACUAUAGAACCUACUAUAGAGGUUAAACCACCUCCAACCAUGGGGGAGACCUCAACUCAGCCUCCAGACCUGGGGCUUGCCAUCACUCCAGAACCCACUGCAAAGAUUGGACAUUCUACAGCCCUGGAGAAGACUACAGCUCCUUGUGCAGACCAGGUUCAGACUCUGCAUCGAAGCCUGACUGAAGUCACAGGUCCAUCUACUGAACUAGAAUCUACUCAGGAUUCAUUGAUGUGGUCUGAAAGUUACCCCCAAAAUAAGGCUUUAAAUGCACCAGAGGAACAGAAGGCCUCCACAAGCACCAACAUAUGUGAGCUCUGUACCUCGGAGAUGAGAUGCGGUCAUGUACUGAUCUCAGCCCAAAGCACAGGCUCCGCUGAGUGCCCCUGCCAGAGCCCAACACCUACAAUGGCACCUUCACCAUCUUGUAAGAAUCACCUUUCUUCCAUUGUCCUCUGUGUCCUGCCUCACACGGCAGCCUUUUCCUGGAGGCCUUCCUGGGCCUUCUUUAUCUCCCCAAGCUAUACUGACAACUAACUUUCUGCUUUCACCUCUGCCUGUAAUCUCUUCCUUCUCCUCAUUAUCCUUUACUAUUAGGCCCCUUCUCCAGUCUUUUACUUGUGAUUGCUCUUACUUGUUUUCUUAUCUGUUUUCAUUUAGCCCCAUCACGUCAUUGCUUAACCGCUGCUCUCCUCCCAUUUUCACUUCACCCUCUUCACAGCAGCCUGUCCCUCUCCCCAUCUCUGUGAUGAUGUUCUAAAUGGUUAAGAGUUGAUU